AUGGCCAUGGAUCCAGAAAUGGAGGUGGACUCUCCAGAACCUCGGGGCACCAAAAGACUGGCCGAGGACGCUGAAGUGCACGCUGAAGUGCCCCAGCGACCUAAGAGAAUCAAGGCCCUGGACCCAGAUGUCGUGAACAAAAUCGCAGCAGGGGAGAUCAUUGUGGCCCCCAUGCAUGCACUGAAGGAGUUGAUCGAAAACGCCGUGGAUGCCGGAUCAACCUCCAUCGAGAUCUUGGUCAAGGACGGCGGGUUAAAACUCCUCCAGAUCACAGACAACGGCCAUGGCAUUGACAGAGAUGACCUUCCCAUCCUGUGUGAGAGAUUCACCACGUCCAAGUUGAAACAGUUCGAGGACCUGUCAUCCAUAGGGACCUACGGCUUCCGAGGCGAAGCUUUGGCCAGUAUAAGCCAUAUAGCCCAUCUCACUGUGACUACCAAAACCGCGGGCUCCAGCUGCGCAUGGAGAGCCCAAUACAGUGGUGGGAAUCUCGUCGCACCCAAACCUGGCCAGAGCGCCGCCCCCAAAGCCACCGCUGGACGUGGUGGCACUCAGAUCACGGUCGAGGACCUGUUCUACAACGUCCCCACCAGACGUCGAGCAUUUCGAUCGGCAAGUGAAGAGUACGCCAAGAUCCUGGACGUAGUUGGUCGGUACUCCGUCCACUGCUCUGGAGUGGCAUUCUCGUGUCGCAAGCAUGGCGACUCAGGCGUCAGUGUCUCAACACCGGCAGCUGCCAACACCAUCGAGCGGAUACGUCAGAUCCACGGCAGCGCAGUAGCCAACGAGCUUGUGGAGUUCAAAGUCGAGGAUGACAAGCUUGGAUUCCGCUCCUCAGGGCUCGUCACGAACGCAAAUUACCACGUCAAGCGAACCGCCGUCCUCCUCUUUAUCAACCACCGUUCUGUCGAAUCCACGGCCAUCAAACGAGCAGUCGAACAAACCUACUCCAGCUUCCUCCCCAAAGGCGGCCACCCAUUCGUCUACAUCGAUCUCGAGAUCGAACCCCAACGAGUCGACGUGAACGUCCAUCCAACCAAGCGCGAAGUGAACUUUCUCAACGAGGACGAAAUCAUCGAAAGCAUCUGCAACGAGAUCCGAUCCAAACUCGCACAAGUCGACUCCAGCCGAACCUUCUUAACCCAGACCCUCCUCCCGGGGGUCACAACCAUCGAGCCCUUGAACCGCGACAACGACACCAACAACAGCAAUGGAAACACAAUCCCCAAAACCCCCAGCACGUCCAAAAAGCCCUACGAAAACAACCUCGUCCGCACCGACUCCAAAGUCCGCAAAAUCACCUCCAUGCUCUCCCCAGCUAUAUCCGGAGACCCAUCCACAUCCACACCGACAAACCAACGACCCUCCACCCUCACCCCCCCAACCAUCGCCGACCCAGGCCUGCACUACGAAACCACCACCCGCGAACCCCUCCGCGUUGCGCUCACCUCAAUCAAGAACCUCCGCGCCUCCGUCCGCAACAACAUGCACAACACGCUCACCGAGACCAUCGCCUCGCACACCUACGUCGGCCUAAUCGACGAACGUCGCCGCAUCGCAGCCAUCCAAUCCGGCGUCAAGCUCUACCUCAUCGACUACGGCAUGUUCUGCACGGAAUUCUUCUACCAAAUCGGCCUCACCGACUUCGGAAACUUCGGGACUAUCAAGCUCUCCCCCGCCCCCAAAAUCAUCGAUCUCCUCCGCAUCGCCGCUGAAACUGAACGCGAUGCCCAUGCCCACCAAUCCCAAUCCCAAUCCCAAUCCCAAACACAAACCACCAUCACGGAAACCGAAAACGAGGCCACCGAAAUCUUCACCACCGCCCCCUCCACCGUCCACCAAACCCUCCUCUCCCGCCGCGAAAUGCUCUCGGAAUACUUCUCGCUCGAAAUCUCCCCCGACGGCACCCUCCUCUCCAUUCCCCUGCUCCUAAAAGGCUACCUCCCCUGUCUGGCCAAACUCCCCCGGUUCCUCCUCCGUCUCGGCCCCUACGUCGACUGGACAAGCGAGGAGGAUUGUUUCCGCACGUUUCUCCGUGAGUUGGCUGCUUUCUAUACUCCGGAGCAGUUGCCGACUCCGGCUUCGGAGUCAGCGGUGGAUGGGACAGGUGAGUCGGGCACAGCUGGUCCUUCGGAAUCCCAGACACAGACACAGAACGAGGAAGAGGAAUUCAUCACGCAGCGACGGGCGCAGAUCGCGCGCAUGCUCGAACAUGUGGUUUUUCCGGCGUUGAGGGGGAGGCUUGUUGCUACAACGAGGCUGUUGAGGGGGGUGGUCGAGGUGGCGGAUUUGAAGGGGUUGUAUAGGGUGUUUGAGCGGUGUUGAUCAUGGUGAUGUUGAUCUUGAUCCUGAUGAGUGGGGUCGGUCUGUUGUAAUGUACUACUGGUUUUAGCCCGAGAUAUAUAUCUUUCAGGUCAG